UGCAGUCGGUCUGUCAAGUUCUCUCAAGGGAAUGUGCCACAGGGAAGGCUACGAACGAAGUUAGCGCGCAGGUCAAGUCCAAUAUAAAGCAGUGAAUGGUCCCCGGGUGCCCAAGGUGAACAUGAUGCCUACCACCGCUGUGGGGAAGAAGCUGGAUCUCUCCACACUGACAGAGGAGGAGGCCCAGCACGUGUUUCAAGUCGUCCAGAGAGACUUUGACUUGAGGAAGAAAGAGGAGGACAGACUGGGGGAGCUAAAGACGCAGCUAGAGAAGGAGGACACCAAGAGAGAGCUGUUGGGCACUGGGACCAGCCUGACAGAGUCCCACUGCAUCCGCUGCUUGCAGCCCUUCAAGUUCCUUGUCAACAGCAAGCGCCAGUGUCUGGAUUGCCAGCUGUACGCCUGCAAGGCCUGCAGCCGCUACAACAAGAAGGAGCGAGGAUGGGUAUGCGACCCCUGCCACAUGUCCAGGGUCCUCAAGAUUGGCACUUUGGAGUGGUACCAUGAGAAUGUGCGCUCCCGUUUCAAGCGGUUUGGCAGUGCCAAGGUGAUGCGCUCGCUCUACAAGAGGUUGAGUGGUGAUCUCAGCGCCUCCCAGAGUGACCUGAGAGAGCCUCGUGAAGAUGACACACACAGCAUGCCCGAAAGCCACAAUCUCUAUGAUGAGAACAACAUGGACACCGUGGCAGAUGGACGACACUACAGAAUGAUGAAAACGACCAAGCGACUGCUCACUGUGCACCCCGUCGACUUCGGUCUGGACCUUAACUACUCCACCCACUCUCUGUCUCGACAAGAAUCCUGUCAGAGUCCACAGAGCAGUCUGGAGGGCGGCACACGGGAGUCCCUGACAGCCGAGGCCGACAUGGCCUGCAUGUUCCAGCAGAUCCUGGAGGAGCAGGGUGAGAGACACUCCGAGUUCAACACGGAGGUCCUCCACAGCCGCCGGAUGAGUCUGCUGGACAAGCCGGCCCGCUUCGACGAGGUGCCGUACCCAGAGAACUGGAUGAUGCGGGCACGAUCCUUGUCCAGGAUGAGCCAGUCUUCGUGUGGCAGUGCCAACAACGGGCACCUUCGCAGCAGCGGACAACUGUAUGGCCUAGAGGACUCGGAGGAAGAGGAAGAGUACCAGCGCCAGUACCAGCUUCUGGCGUCGCGCCGACGUAGUCACGGCCACUUCUCCUCACAGGAAAGCCUCAACCACGGGGCACCACCACAGAUAACUGAGCUGAACAGACGCAUGUCAGUCAUUGAGAAACUACUGAACCGUCUGGAACAGAAAGUGACAUCCCCCUAUGACCAGGGCCAGUCUUGUACUUCUCCCCUGCCCCAGUGGGAAGAGGUGGACCUGGAGGAACUGCAGCUGAGGCAGAAGCUGGACCAGCUGACGGGCAACAUCAGUGACAAGGGUCUGUCCUCGGAGGAGGAUGAACCCAAGAGGCCCCCAUCCCCUAAGGAGAGCCCAGGGUGGGGGAGGCGCCUUAGGGGGGACGUGAGCCCAUCCGGGUCCCUCUCCAGACCCUCCUCUAGACCGGGCAUCAUGAUCAGCCCACCCAUCGAUGAACUGCAGGAGCCCUCUGAAGUACAGGCCUAUUUUUCAACAGGACAUUCCAGGAGCCUCCGUGAGGGCAGUUCUCUGCCCCGCUACCGUCCCACCACCACCACCACAGAGCUGUUUGAGCUGGAAGGCAAGGUGGCGAUGGCUGCUGCCACAGUACAGAGCACAGUGAGCGAGGUGACAGACAUCGAGAACAAGAUCGCUGCCCUGAGUGCUGCUGGGAUGUCUGUGGAUAUGACCAGGAGAAAGUCAACAGUCCCUCCCCAAAGAAGGAGAAGUGCCUAUGACCUUCCAACAAAAACCAGUAAUGGCACAGGGUCAUUGAGGAGGAAGUUGAGCAUCUUGUAACUGAGUACAGUGAUUCUUAUAACAGAGAAUCUGCUGGAGCAAGAGUCCAUUUUGUGUCAAGUUCUUUCAUUGGCUAUACGUUAUUGUGAACUGAACCUAAUAAUGCCAUUAUCUCUCUGUUUGUUUAUUACAUUUACCCAAUAUUAUUUCUAAUAUUAUUUAUAUUCAAGAAUGUGAAAUGUUAUGCUUCAUGUUACAAUGACUUAAUGCAUUUGUUGAACAGUUUAAAAAAAAAUAGCAAUGAUGUAACUGCCAACUUUAUUAAAAUGUACUUAUGACUAGACUUAGACAUCCAUAGUACAUUAACUGUAAUCUCAUGUUUGUACUAUUAUUGAAUGAGCCUGUUGAAAAGCUUUCUUAACUUCACUAUUAACAGUUAACACAAUUAUAUGUAGGGUUUUCUCCAGAGAAUUGCAGCUGUUUCUCAUAUAGGCUUCAUUCCAUAGGGUUCAUGGGGAACACUUUGUAGAAACCAAAUCUCAGUGGUCAAUUGAUAAACCAAUUCCAGGAGGCACAUAUGGUUCUCCAUUGGGUUCCAGUCUAUAUGCUUUCUGACAUCAAGGGACAAGAGGUUGAGUGAUGGUCUGUGUCCAGACCCGGCGCCAGAACGAAUCAUUUGGACUGCCUUUGCUUUCCAUAGGCGGGCCCGUUUUUUCACGGGACCUCAUGCGUGUGCACAUGCUUGCGCGUUCACAUUUUUUUUAUUUUAUUGGUGUAAUAGUAAAGCCCAUCCGCAGCUCGUGGGUUUCAAGUUCGGGGAAGCUUACUAUUUAUCCUACCAUUUUCUGCGUGACAGUUCUGAUUAUUUUUAUACGCACAUUUUCAAUAAUAACGUUUUCAUGUGUCAAAAUCAAUUACUUUGAUUAUCGAGGCUGGGAGUGUUGGGAAGAUUUUUCAAACACUGACAAACAAUCAUUCGCAAUGGAUGUUAAAAAAAAAUAAAGACUUUGUUGACUUGUGUGAGACGAAGAAAAAAUGUGUGGUGUAACGUUACGUGGUGAUUUAAUCAGAAAUAAGGCAUUGUCAAAUAGGCACUAUCCUAUAUAUGCAUGUAUUCUGGAGAGAGACGUACCAUAUUUUUGCGACACGACCCUUACCAUUUUUCUUGAUGCAGUAUUUUAAAUUAUACUUAAGACACAUUAUCUUCACACAUAUUUUAGACGCUUUUCACUGACAGCCGCAACUCAAUCAGCUAGACCUAUUGCCACGCACACUACACAAAUUGUGGGCUUCCCAAACACACUUGUAAUUUGAACAAAUCCACAGCAAUUUUUUUUAAAGAAGCUAAUUAUCCUCUGUGGCUAAAACAUGCUCCCUGGUGAAGUGUUUUGAAUUAUUUUAUUUACACAGGAGUAAUUAUAUAAUUUGGGAGAAACAUGCAUUUACUUUAGGGCAAUCCAGCAUCUUAACAGUACACUGUGCACACGCCAACUUUCCUUACCAAUUAGCAAGAGGCUGAAACCAGAGAUCUGUAUAUAAUGACGAGUUGCUCAUGUCUCCAACCUAACAAUGGGUAUUCCCAUAGAAACGCAUUGAAUUUAUACUGGACAGAUUAUGCCAAGAGUGAGCCCUCACGCUUCGCCACUUCCUCUCUGCUGAAGCUGUAUCACAGGAGAAGCAUCCGAGCGAGCGAAACAGCGCCCCUCUAUAUGUUGCCCAUGUAUCUGAUGCUCUGUGGCCAGAAAUAGUAUGACAUGCCAUACUCUUUUGGUCCAGAUAGCAUCAGAUACAUGGUUUACACGUACUGAGACAGAGAGGCGCUGUUUUGCUCGCUCGGAUGCUUUAACUGAGAUCGAUGCGUCGUUCUGUCGGUGUUCGUCUCGGUCAAAUAAAUAAUCAGUAUUUCAAUAUUUUAUUUGGAAGGGCCCUCCCAUUACGCCGGGCCUUUCUGCAUCCAAAUGGCAACCUAUUUCCUAUGUAGUGCACUUAUUUUGACCAGAGUCCUAUGGGGUUACAGUCAAAAGUAGUUAUUUUAAUUUUAUUUAUUUAACCCUUAAUGUAGUGCACUAUAAAGGGAAUAGAGGGACAUUUAAUUAUGUCGGUGUAGGAGACUAUUCAAAUAGAUACAGCAAUUUGAUGCUGGAAUAUUAGGGCAUAUAUUCAGGAUAUACACAAAAACAUGGGUGCGUGAAUGAUGCAAGAGGUUAGAACUGAUUGCCGCUAUUGUACUAUGUUAAACAGUAAAGUAUCAUUCAUGUAGUUUUUAGUAUAAUAGACUUAAUACUGCUUUUCUGCUACUGAAUUUGUAGUCAUCUGAAUUAAUUAAUUUGAAUGAAUUUGUAUCUGCAUGAACCAUUAAUUGCUAUUUUAUAUUUAUUAGUAGAUAUCCUAGUGUGAACAUCACUACAAAGUAUGUGAACCAUGUUUCCAAUACUAUAGUGCCAAGUAACACCUUUGACAUUGUACUAAUUAAAAUGUAAACAA